ACAGCCAGGCCGGAGAGCUGAAAAACUUGUUGUUGUGGGGGAAAAUGGCGUCAAACGUAGAGGCCCCGGAGCGCUGGUACCUCGCCCUACUCGGCUUUGCUGAGCAUUUCCGAACCUCCAGUCCGCCUAAAAUUCGGCUUUGCGUGCACUGUUUACAGGCCGUGUUUCAGUUUAAGCCCCCGCAGAGGAUCGAGGCCCGCACGCAUCUUCAGCUGGGCUCGGUCCUCUACCACCACACCAAGAACAGCGAGCUGGCCCGCAGCCACCUGGAGAAAGCGUGGUUUAUAUCUCAGCAAGUCCCACAGUUUGAAGAUGUCAAAUUUGAGGCUGCCAGCAUCUUAUCAGAACUCUUCUGCCAACAGAAUCUGGUGGACUCUGCAAAGCCUCUGCUCCGCAAGGCCAUCCAGAUUUCGCAGCAGACUCCAUACUGGCACUGCAGGUUGCUGUUUCAGUUGGCGCAACUUCAUACUUUGGAAAAAGACUUGGUGUCAGCCUGCGACUUGCUUGGAGUUGGAGCAGAGUACGCCAGAGUGGUGGGCUCAGAAUACACCAGGGCUUUGUUUCUCCUUAGUAAAGGAAUGUUGCUGUUAAUGGAGAGGAAGCUUGGGGAAGUACAUCCACUGCUAACACUAUGCGGAACAAUUGUAGAAAACUGGCAGGGAAACCCCAUCCAGAAGGAGUCCCUCAGGGUCUUCUUCCUGGUCCUACAGGUCACACACUACCUGGAUGCUGGACAGGUAAAGAGUGUGAAGCCAUGUCUGAAGCAGCUGCAGCAGUGCAUUCAGACGAUCUCUACUCUCCACGAUGAUGAGAUUCUACCAAGCAACCCAGCUGACCUCUUCCACUGGCUGCCCAAGGAACACAUGUGUGUUCUUGUAUAUUUGGUAACGGUCAUGCAUUCCAUGCAAGCAGGUUAUUUGGAGAAAGCACAGAAGUACACAGACAAGGCUCUAAUGCAGCUGGAGAAGCUAAAAAUGUUGGACUGCAGCCCCAUUCUCUCAACCUUUCAAGUCAUUCUACUGGAGCAUAUCAUCAUGUGUAGACUCGUCACUGGUCACAAGGCCACCGCCUUACAAGAGAUCUCACAGGUUUGUCAGCUGUGCCAACAGUCUCCCAGGUUAUUCACCAAUCAUGCUGCUCAGCUUCACACGCUACUAGGUCUGUAUUGUAUCUCAGUGAACUGUAUGGACAAUGCAGAGGCUCAGUUUACUACUGCUUUGAGGCUCACCACACACCAGGAACUGUGGACAUAUAUUGUAACUAAUUUAGCAAGUGUGUACAUAAGGGAAGGAAACCGACACCAGGAGCUCUACAGUCUCCUAGAGAGAAUAAACCCAGACCACAACUUCCCAGUAAGCUCACACUGCCUUCGAGCUGCAGCUUUCUACAUCAGAGGACUCCUUUCUUUCUUUCAAGGACGGUACAACGAAGCCAAACGUUUCUUGAGGGAAACCUUGAAAAUGUCCAAUGCAGAGGAUCUGAACAGGCUGACUGCCUGCUCUUUGGUUCUGCUGGGUCACAUCUUCUAUGUGUUGGGAAACCACAGGGAAAGUAACAACAUGGUUGUGCCUGCAAUGCAGCUUGCUAGCAAGAUCCCUGACAUGUCUGUUCAGCUGUGGUCCUCAGCUCUGUUGAAAGACUUGAACAAGGCCCUUGGGAACACUAUAGAUGCCCACGAAGCAGCCCAGAUGCACCAGAACUUCUCCCAACAGCUGUUGCAAGACCACAUCGCUGCUUGCAGCCUGCCUGAGCAUAACCUCAUCAGUUGGACUGACGGCCCUCCUCCUGUCCAGAUCCAAGCCCAGAACGGCCCGACCACCAGCCUUGCAAGCCUGUUAUGAGGACCUUUCUGUGUCACAACACCAGCUGGUACACUAUCAAAUGCAACAGAUUGAUGCCUAACAGCCUGCUUUUAUUCUCACUGUACUUUCAAAACAUUUUUGACAAAGAACUUCACUUUAUUAGCUUCUCAACAAUACUUUUAAAAUUUUGUCUGCAAUUACGUUUUUUAAUUGUUAUAAGACAAACGCAAUUACUGUUCUACAAAUAUUGUUCACUUUCUGAUAGCAUGGAUGCUUACGCAGCACAGGGACAGGGUUGGACUGAUAAAAGCAGCAAAGGAGACAGUAACGUAAGAAAGGGCUUCUUUGAGAUAUAAAGAACCCAUUUUCUCCAUGUGCCCAGUUUCUUUUCCAUUUGUUGGAAAAGCACGGGGUAAAUGGGGAGACAGUAAAGUAAUGUAGAAGAAAUUAAUUUAUUUAUGUUGAUAUUUUUGUAACUGUUAAAUAUUUUACAUCUUGCCUUCUUUUUGUAUGGAUGGUGUUUUUUUCUCAUGCAUGGAAGUUACUGUACAAUAAUCUCUGACCUAGGUUGAGAAACUACUUUCUUGGCGGAAAACUGCACAAAAUUCAUAAAUAAAAUAGAGAUCUCUUGUAAUAUAUUUUCACAAAAUGAUCUGUUGAGAAGUUUGAUGCUACAAAUUGGGAGUGUCCAUCAUUAGGGAGCAGUUGACUGUGCAGUUCUUCUUUGAGUCAGAAGAUGUCUCUGUUGGGUCUGGUAAUGAGCAAUGUUUUAUUUUAUUUAGUGGCUGCCUGAAACCCUUUAAAAAAAAGAACAUUUAGUCCAGUGUAUUUUUGAAAAUCCAUAAGAUUUUGAAACCCGUUAUUGUAUUCAUUUUUACAAAUCAUGUCGUGAUUUUUGGAGCUGAGAGUAAUCUUCAAAUAUUCAAUAAGGAAAUUUAUUUUAAUUUGUCUCCAUAGUUCUACUAAAUGGUUUCUUUACUGUAAGUUUAUAUAGAUUUACCACUUGUUAAACCUUUUAUUGUACAGUUACAUUUUAUAAAGUCAAUUUAGCAAAGUGUGACAUGUAUUUUAGCUAUCCUAUGUAGAAAUCACAAUGCUUGGUAUUUAAGGCACUCUGUAAGGACAGUUUAAUCUUGAGUACUAGCCAUAUUCUAUUCAGUACAUACGUUUUUAAUGCUUACUUUGGUUUCAGUAAUUUUUUUCAAUAAAAAUGAUUGAAGUUUUGUAAA